GCACGUAUGCACGCACGCACGCACGCACGCACGUACGCAUGCACGCACGCAUGAAGGUUCCAUGGCUACCGGAUUGGUAAAGUGGUGGCGAGCAAGGUUCCUCGCUGGCUACAGACCCUUUUCUGUCGUAGGGACCAAUACGGAAGGUAGCGAUUCCGAAGAGUUGCUGACGGGCGUUCCAGCGACCUGCAACGUCUCGCCACCACCGACGACGACGGAGUCGCAACCGAUUUUAAUUUCCCCCGCGGAGUCGCCGCAGGUCGCGACUGAUGGCUCGAGCGUGCCUGCAGGACCUACCGGUAAUGAUGAACAGCCUACUUGCGGUACAACGAAACAGCUUAGUUUCGAGGAAUUCGAGUGCGACGUGUCGGUCGCGGAGGGCGACCGGCGGCGGCAAGAGUUCUCCUUCACUCUGUACGACUUUGACGGACAUGGGAAGAUCACCAAGGACGACAUAGCCGGUCUGGUGACCACCAUCUACGACACGUUAGGCGCCUCUAUCCAAGUACCGCCGUGCGGCAGCAAGACGAUUAAGGUGAAACUGACGGUGUCGCCGGAUCAGCGGGCCAGCAGCAGCAGCAGCCAGGCGCCGCGCAAUGCCGCCGGCACCUGCCUAAAUGCCACGCAGACGCCGCAGGCUGCGACGUCGCCCGGCGGUCACCAGCACAACUCGUCGUCCUGCUGCCAUUUGAAGCACGCCGCCUCGUGCAGCCACGCGGCGACGACAACCGCCGCCACCGCAGCCGCUGCCGCUGCCGCUACCACUACCGCUCGGAAUGGUGCGAGCAGAGUUCCUAGAAGGAGAAGAGCAACGCGGUAUCGUUGUCAGACUGAGCGAAAAGAAGUGGAGACUCACAGCGAGAAUGACGAUGAGAACGCCCGAACGAAUCGAGUACAGCAGGAGGAGCUGCGUAGAAGAGUCGGUCCGGUGCCCCAUUUACCAUCUCCCUAUUCAAACAGCUCGGAGGGUGAUGUGAGUGAUGAUAGUGACACUUCCCCCACGUUCUCGCCAUUAACGCCGCUUCUUACGGCGAAUCAGAGGAAACGCAGCGGCGCUCUACAAAGACAACAAUUACUGGAGAUUAUUCAGGCUAACAUGGAAAAAAAUAAUCUCAGUUUUCACACAUCAAGGAAACGCCACCAAAACGAUCAACCGCGCAUUCCAUCUCACAGUCCCCACUUAGAAACCACGAAUCAUAAUAAUCAGGACUGUCACACAUCUCUGGAGCCUCGUCAAACAGCGACGAAUUAUCACAAACCAAUUCGGGAGAGCACUCAUCAUUCCGUGUCGUUUCCUAAAACGCCGGCCAAGUCGCGAUCGGCAAAUCUGAGGAAAACGCGGCACGCGACGCCGAGGACAUAUUCGCAGUUGCUGAAUCGUAACGUGCUCGCAUCAACGACGGUCUACAACGAGACCGCGCAACAUACAACCAACAGCAACAACGUGACGCAUUCCUCUCCGAACUAUACGUCGUAUUCGCAGUUGUUUAAUCGUAACGUACUCGCACCGACAACGGUCUACAACGACACGCCACAACAUACCACUAGCAGCAACAACACUCAUCGCAAUAUUGUUAAUCUCGUGCCUAACAACAAUCAGCAAACGGUCAAUCACCAAACGAUCACCAACAAUCAUAGCAACAUACAGCGCAACGAUGCGCAAUUCGCUCAUAUGCAACAGUGCGGUAGAGCGAGCAAGAAGCAUCAGUUGAAACACGCCACGCGGGAGCAGGAUCAGGCUCGAGCCAUGGCGCAGGUUGUGCGUUGGCUCGAACGUGAAUUUUCGCAGAACGCAGUGGCAGCCACGUCUAGCCGAAGACACGUCCACGAGCACAUACAUCAUCACUAUCAUCAUUAUCACAACGAGGCUUUGGUUUAAUUAGCAGUCGUAAUUCGAAGUCUCCAAUCUUUUCGCUUUAGAAAUCUUUACAAUAUCAAUGAAAUUGAAUUUUAGAAGGGAUUUCUCGAUGUGUAAUUUGUAUCUAUGUUACUAUUAUUUUGACGUCAGGAAAACGACUUAGCGUUUCACGUCGUGAAUGAUGCUUUUUUCAAAUUGUAUCGCGAGAGCUCGAUCUGGUGUGUUUUGUUUUUGGGCUCUCGUAUAUACAUGCCGUAUUGAUUAUUUUAGGAAAUCAUUUUUGUAUUUUGAAUUAUUCAUAAAAUUUCCUUUGUCUUCGUGAACAAGGCGAACUGUUACUACGUUCGUUCGAUUAUUUAUCUAUUUGUAACGAUUGACGAUGAUGAAUAAUUCAUGUAUUUUUAUUCACUUAAGCAACCGAGUUUUCCUCGGUUAUUAAAAAAUGUAGUAUUUUUGCAUGUCAUCUUUUUUAUAAAUUUUUAAGUUAAUUGAGAGUAGGCAAGACACAAUCUCUCCGUUUACUAACGGCACUUUUUUUAAAAAAAGGAUUUGUGAAAGACAUAUGUUUAAUAUAAAUUAAUUUGUGCAGGUCGUUUUAAGCAGAGACAUAGUUACUAUGAAUCUCAGGCUUAUGAACAUGUCACUAUGAAAAAGACGAAACAUCACCUGAUUAGAAUUGCAGUUUAAUGACAAAAUAUGUAUACUACAUUUGCGAUCAUAUUCUUCGGAAUUGAAAAAUCAUACAUAGACUGUUGUAUGCUAUAGGACAAAAUUACAUUUUUGGGCGGAAAGAAGAAGAAUGCAAUCGCUCUUUCUCGAGCGCGAUAAAACUAUUCAUCGUUGUACAUAGAAAAAUAUCCCAAAGAGAAUUUUUUCAGUAUACAAGCGUUACGAUUAAGAGUAAAAAUCUAAAGUCGUAACGGAGAAAGCGAAGCGUUCGAAACACGAAGACUCUGCUACGAAUGUUCCUGUAUAACCGGAGGGUUAUGUAAUAAUUUUUUUUACCAAACGUAGUAUUCCUAAACGAACGCGAUUUUGAUGGUGCUUGUAUACCCGUACAUUCGAGCAAACGCACAAUUUCGGUAAAUAAAUGCUUGAAUCUCUCGUAUACAGGGCGUUUCACUUCUAUCGAUUCAUAUUUCAAUAAUGGAUUUCUCGAUCAUUUAAAGUGAAUUUUUCUCUAAAAAUUCGGGAUAUUAA